AAGCCCAGAUGUCCUGAGGACUCCCCCGCCUGCCCUCCCUCCCCCUCCAGAAUUACUCUCCCCUCCUGGCAGCCAGCCCCACCGUUUCAUUUCACUGGAAUUAAGGCUUUCUCCUGCACUCUCUCCCCAGUUGCUCCCUCUUUCCAGAGAAGCUCUUCCUGGCUCCCCCUGCUGAGAAUUGCCUGGGCUCCUGAGGACCCCUAAGCUCUACUCCCAAUGAGCUCUGGGCUGGGGGCCCCAUCCCUCCCUCCCACCCCAGAGGACCCCCCUCCUCCGGCCCGCGGCACCCGCCUCCCGCGCCCCUUCCUCCGCAGCCUCCGGACGCUCUUCGAGAUCCUGGAUGACCAGCGGAGCGGGACCGUCCACGUCUCGGAAAUCGAGAGCCGCUGGGGCCGUGGGGGCUGUGGGGUGAGCCCCCUGGGGGACAACGAGAGGUGCCAGCUCCCUCGCGGUGUGCUCCAGGCCUUGCAGCAAGUGGCAGAGCCUUGCGGAGGGUAUUUAAGUUUCCCCCGCCUGGUGGCCGGGCUGAGAAUUGCCCUCCUCCGGGCCGAAGAAGAAGAGCAGAAGGAGGCCAUGAAAGCUGGAGAGUCGGGCGCUGGAGUCGGCGGGCAGGCUGGGGAUGGGCAGAACUCAACUUCGCAGUCGAUGAAGAACUUGAGUCGGAUACGAGAAUCCGAUGGGAAAGGAGUCACACGGUCUCGUAGCAUCAACAGUUCCCUCUGUCAAGCUGGGAGACGCCGGAGUAUCCGACUUCCGAAGGAACCGCGGAGACACACCAUUUCCAAUGCCUUGGAAUAUGAUAUGCUGAAGCGAAUGCAAGAGCUGGAACGGGAACGGGACGCCUUGCUGCAAGGGCUGGAGAUGGUUGAGCGGGUGCACGACUGGUUUCAGCGCCACCUCCUGGAGGGCCAGAGGCGUCAGAAGCACAUGGGAACGGAGGCAAGCUAUUUCCCAGACCCUUACGCCAACCAGAGCUGCCUGCUGCUGGCCAAGAUCCAGGAAGUGAACCUGUGCUUGAAAAACCUGCUGGCCUCUCCUGGAAAGCCUGAAGUACCACCUCCUGGUUUUGGAGCCCCCCUUUAUCCACCAGGAAAGAAGGAGUUUCAGCAACAAGCCGUCACAGUCCUCAAGGAACAGAACCACCUGCUGAUCAAGGAAGUGUCUGAGAAGAGCGACCGCAUUGCCCAGCUGGAGCAAGAGAAAGCGGCUCUUUGCAAGCAGCUGAAAGAGACCCGCGGCUACAGACUACCCAGCCACAAGGAGUCCACCUUUAUCUGACAGCCAAGGCCACACUCUGUCGACGUUCAGCAGCACAGCCAUGUCCCUUUGUCUCCUCUGUGCCCAUGACAUCACUUCCUUUGCCUGGCCAUCUUUCAGACGGACCUUUCUUGUGAAGGGGGCGGCGCAAACGUUUUCUCCUGCAAGAGGCACUAGAGGAACGCUAGACCUCUAGUCACCCAGCCCAAUCCUGAGGGGCCUGCAGCUCACAGAGCAUCUGCUUGGCAUGCAGAAGGUCCCAAGUUCAAUCCCCGGCAUCGCCAAGUAGGGCUGUGAAUGUUGCCCCCUCCCUGCCUGUCGGAAACCCUGGAGAGCCACUAGCAGGCAGCGUAGACAAUACUGAGUUAGAUGGGCCAAUUGCCCGACUCUGCAUAUGUCAACCUCUUUAUGUUGCUGUUCAGUGGAGAGCUAGUGGAUAUAGGAUGGUAGCCUUAAUAUAUGCAUAUCCCCUUGGUUUGCAUCAUUGGCUUGGGGGGAUAUUCCGAGACAGAGGAUUGCUGUUACUAUGAAAAGCUGGAAACAAAGGGCUAUUGACAUUCAUGGAAAGGGGGAGGUGGGGAGGCAAUUGGCCUGUCAGAGGGAAGGAGCCAUAGAUGUGGAACAUUGAGGGCGAGGCUGGAAAGAACUCUGUGCCAUUUCCUGGCCAAGGGCUGCCAUUCAGAAAUGGGCAGGGCCCCCCUCUUCCCGGUGCCAUGAGGCCUCUUGACUUGCUACACUGAGGAGGUGGACUAGGUGAUGGAGGCCCCCACCCCACCCCCUCAAAGGUCCCCCACAGCCUAGAACUAACCCAGCCCCGUUUUUUGCUCCAUCAGCACAUUUCGCUCCAGCUCGAAGCCUAGAACCUCGUUUUCUUAGCGUGAGUUUACAACUUUGUGUUAAGAUGCAACAUUUCACAAUCUGCGGCACAACGGCAGUGAUGCAGAAAACAUGGCUGUGCUCGGGUCUGCUGGUUCCAAUACAUUUUUUCCUGACUGAGGUGAAGGAUAAGAUGGUGCCUCUCCUGUUCUGUGUUGGCUACACUGGCAGCUGAAUCUUCUUUCAGCGCUGGUGACCAGAGGACCCUCUGUUGCACCUGAAGGUGGCAGGCUAGAAUCGGGAGGCACAGAGCAUGCCCUGCUCUCAUCGUGCUCCCUCAGCAACUGCCUCCCUCUAUCAGAGGUAAGGCUGGCUCUGCCCGGGAGACCCUCCUCACCCAAAUGAAUGAGACGCCCCUUUCCUUGGGGGCACUUUUGCUAUGUGCCAUAUCCUAGAGCAGUGUUUCCCAACCU